UGGAAAAGAUUCACAUUGCACUAGACAUGUCUUCACCUCAACAAGGCACGUUCUUUAGCUCUCAAAUGUUGUGCUAAGUAGUACGGAAAUAUUAGCUGUAAAUGUGAGCCCGGGACUCUUGGAUACUAAACAAUGACUCAAGGUUUGUCUGAGAUCGCUGCAAUCUGCACUGGCCUCAUUGGACUGAUUGGUGCGUCUGCUACAACUGGCUUGCCAAUGUGGAAGGUCACAAUUACCAGAGGAGAAAACAAAACUGAGAUGGCGAGACGCUGGGAGGGAUUGUGGAUGAACUGCUACAAUCAGGCAAACAUCAGGAUGCAGUGUAAGGUGUAUUACUCCUUGUUGCAUUUGUCCCCUGAUCUGCAAGCUGGAAGAGGCCUGAUGUGCUCCUCAGUAACCUUGUCAGGGUUAGGGCUAUUGUUCGCUCUAGCAGGAAUGAAAUGCAUUCCUUGGUUUCAGGAUAUCAAAUGGGUUAAAACUAUGAUCCUAAUGGUUGCUGGAGGAAUACAGUUCAUGGCCUGCAUCUGUAUUUUUAUACCUGUAUCAUGGACUGGUCAAGUCAUCUUAAGGGAUUUGUAUGAUCCACCACUGACUGAUACCCAAAAAAGAGAAAUGGGAGGAGCCCUCUACAUCGGUUGGGUUGCUGGAACUUUCCUCUUUGCCUCAGCCUUGCUUUUUACCUGCCGAUGUUUCCCAACAGACAACAAACCAACUAUGACAAGCUAUCACCCCGUCUCAACCCUCAAGUCAACUAGGAAUUCUCACAACAGCAAAACUUUAGAUCUACAACAUCCUAUACCACUCCACAAUGUUGCUCCAGAAAUGACAAACAGUGAAGCGCUGGUGAACCAGCCGACAUCCUCUAUCCAGGCUGGAAGCAUUCAUAUUCCCGGGAACUCACUGUAUGUUACCGCAAACAUCAAACCAUUCAAUGGGUUGUGUGACCCAGUUGCAUUUAACUGCUACUAUUAAGUGAAGCCAGUAUGUUUCCGUUUUAUGAAUUUUGACAGGGAAAAAUAUGCACAUGAUCUGAACAUAGGUCAAGAUGAUUUAAUGUGGGUUGAUUUAUCCAUUUAUCCAGUUAUAGAUAACAUAUGAUUUUAUGGCAUUCCUUUGCUUUUAGCAAUUGUAUUUAUG